CAUCAUAUCGUUGUUCCUUCCCCGUUGUUUCUUCCCCAGUUCAGCGCAUGAAAAGUUCAAAACGAGGCACUCAAGGGAAGGAAGGCAGAAAUGACGGGAAAUGACAGUGGUGCUCCUUUGACGCGAGAUUUCGCUUUUCCCGGUUUUUUGUUCGUAGACGAGUUACGUAGAACAUUACGAUCUCUGAACGACCCCCCACCGAACGGACACAAAGGCAGCCAUGUCCGAACCAGAGGUUGACGCCGCCCUACUCCAGCGCUACAAGGAGCGCCUGCAAGAAGUCAUUGGCACCACCGAAAAGUCCCUGCAACACUGGAAAAAGUACGACGAAGACUACGCAACCCUGACACAAUUCCUAGAGGGUGCAGUGAAAACAACAAAGAAGGACGUGAUGGUCCCUUUCGGACCGUUUGCUUUCAUGCCCGGCCAGUUGGUGCAUACGAAUGAGGUCACGGUUCUGCUAGGAGAUAACUGGUUCGUGGAGCGCUCGGUUGCAGAGGCGGUGGAGAUCAUUGGACGACGGAGGGAAUACACGUCGGAACAUAUUGAGGCAUUGCAGAAGAAGAUGGACGACUUGAAGGCGCGGGCGAAUGUUGUUGCGGGCGACGAUGAUGCUGGCAUCCAGCUGGAAAAGUCCAGGGUCGAUGAGGAUGGGGAUGAAGUGAAUGAAGAGGGUCUGAAGUAUGUUGAAAUCAGGGAGGAGUACGAUGAAAACAACACGGAAGUGACGAAGAGGGAUGGUGUAAGGCCGUCGGCAGGUCGGAAGCCCGUUCAAGAGAUCAAGAAGGAUGUCAAGAAGGACGCGCAACCCGAUAUAUCCUCAAUGGGAGCAUUUGAAAGGAGACUGUUUGCGAAGAUAGCACAGUACGAAAAGGAGGAGGAAGAAGGGGACGGUAGUGACUGGGAGGAUGGCGAAGAGGACGAAGAAGAUGUUGAGCAAGAUUCGGAGAGUGAGAUGCGGUUCGAGGAGAUGGACGACGAUGAUGACGACUACAACGACUUGGUGCAAGGAGAACGCACGCUGAAGCCGUCACUGAAGAAGCAAGACUCUCAUUCGAGUGUCCAUGAUGACUUCAAGCCUGUACGGAAAGCGGUCAGCUUUGCCAAUCUUGACGGUGCGGAAGCAGAGCAGAAUAUUGUCCCCGCAGCAGCUACGACGAUCACAAGUCCAGCGGAUAUUUACAAGCAGAUGUCGGUGCGAUCAGUUCAAUCAAGCGGGAAAGCCCGACCAGAUUCCAGCAUCGCAGAUCCACAUCGGCCCAAAUCGUCGUCAACACUCAGCGACACUGUCGUUGAACACGAAGAUCCGGACGUCAUGUCUGAAAGCGAAACGGAUGACUUCCUAUUUGGACGAGAACUGCAGGAUGAAUACUUCCGGAAACGGAAUCGGAUUUUGCAGGCUCAGACAACGGAGCCGAUUACUGCUGAGGAGGAGUGGAUUGCAGAAGAGGAGAAAGCGGGGGCUAAAGAGGCCAAAGUGUCGCGGUUCAAAGCCGCAAGACUUGCUGUGCACCAGGCGACGGAAUUCCCAGAUACCAUAGGGCUUCGCACGACGGCACUGUCGAAAGAGACACCAACGAUACCGUCUAUAGCAUCCGCCUCAGCCAGCGACGAUUUCACAGUACGGACGCCAAAAAAAAUCGUGCCCACUGAGAAAGCAGCCAACACGCAGCGUGUGUCCCGGUUCAAAGCCGAGCGGUUGGCUGCGGAAGAAGCUGAACGGUCAGAGCCGACGAACCUCGUCGGUGGAUCUCGCGAUCGUGCAAAGGAAGAUGAUGCGGAGGAGGAGGAGCCACUGGUCGACGCCUCCUUACCGCCACGGCGAAGCAAAGCUCCACCUACUGUCGGCACGGCAAGUCCCAAAGCUCACACGCCUACCCCAAUCGCCGUUCCCACAUCGCGAUCUUACAACACAUCUCAGCCUCCAAUUACCGAGCAACCGCCAGUAGAUCCACCUCAACAAGCUCCAAAGAUGUCCCGGUUCAAGGCUGCCCGACUCGGCCUGCAGCAGGACAAGUGAUCUCUUCAUUGAGGUUCUACAUUCUUUCAAAUGUACAUAAGGUCGUGCCACCACACAUUAGAACGCACCACAUCGUAGAAACACAACGGCAUUAUCAUUAUAUCAUUAGUCAAAUAGCUUUCCACCCC